UGCUGAACUGUCUGUAAGCGGAAGUGACGUUUUUACUGGCAAAAACGGAAAAGAAAAACCAAUUCACAUAAGUGACGUCACUACGAACUGUUGGUGACAGAAUGAGUCAAGGGGACACAAACUUGGCUGCUGUCCCUCACGUUGCUGAGGACCUGCAGGGUGAUGACCGCUGGCUUUGCCAGCACAACAGGUUUGUACUAGAUUGUAAAGACAAGGAGCCAGAUGUCCUGUUUGUGGGAGACUCCCUGGUACAGCUCCUUCAGCAGUAUGAGGUUUGGAGGGAGCUUUUUUCUCCGCUUCAUGCUCUGAAUUUCGGUAUUGGAGGUGACACUACAAGACAUGUUUUGUGGCGGCUUCAAAAUGGAGAACUGGAAAACAUUAAACCUAAAGUCGUUGUCAUAUGGAUUGGGACCAAUAACCAUGAGAACACUGCUGAGGAAGUGGCAGGAGGAGUGGAGGCAAUCGUCAAUUUGAUCAACACACUGCAACCACAAGCCAAGACCAUAGUCCUGAGCUUGCUGCCUCGAGGUGAGAGACCCAACCCCCUGCGAGAGAAGAAUGCUUGUGUAAAUCAGCUCCUGCGCUCACUGCUACCGCACCUGCCUAAUGUGCAGCUGUUAGAUGUGGAUGGCAGCUUUGUGCAUUCAGAUGGCACCAUCUCCCGCCAUGAUAUGUUUGAUUUUCUCCAUCUGACAGCUGCUGGCUAUGCCAAGGUCUGCCGGCCACUCUAUGAACUGAUAAUGCAGCUGCUGGAGGAGACUCCUGAGGAAAAGGUUGUCACCCUUGCCUGAUGCAUAUCAUCUUGUGGUGUUUUAUUAUACAAAGGAUGUGACUGUACCUCCUGCAGACCCCACUGCCCUCAUCUCAUUGGACAAUACAAAUGUUGUUUUCCCCAGAGGUUGCUGAUGGUGUGGUGAGCCACACGUGAUGUGUAGGUGGAGCUAGUCCUGUAGACAGGAGCCCUCAGCUUUGCAUGUCCGGCCGUGAUUCCACAAAGCUUUAGUUAAUAUCAAUAAGGGAAGAAAGGAGCAUCAAGCCUCUGGGAUAAAGCUAGAUUCUGCAUGUCUGGUGUGUAUAUGUACGUAAAUGACACACGGUUUACAUUGUAGUUGUUACAGACUGGGUGUCUGCUGUGUAUCUAUAGGUCACAAGAACUGCUCAGUGCCGCUGAUGCUUGUUGGAAGCUGCUCACUUCUAGGGACCAACAGAACGUUUUAGCAUUAAGAGUUUCCAUAAGAGUCCAGUGAAGACCUCAUGGAAACGCUUGUUGGGAAGACCACGGAGCAUGUAUAUGUAUAUUGCAGUUGCUGAAAUAUUAAAUUGUGUUGUUCGAAAGGUUUAUGGGUGUGAGCUAAGCUGGGGAUACAUCUGGUUGUUCUCCUAGACGCAGUCAGUACAUCUCCCCUCUUAGCUUAUGUGAAUCUCUUGUGUGUAUUAAGUGACAUUAUAAAGAUUCCUCUGUCAA